UCCUCACCCAACGCCCACACACACUCUUCACACUCUACAAAGAAAGCUGAGCUGGAACAAAGGCUUUCUUCCUCGUGUGGUGCCCAGCUCCCCUCAUUCACACUCAUUCUCCCUUUGCUGAGAGAUCAAACAUCGUAAUCAUAUGCAUUGUCAUGCUUUGACCCCUGAGCCUUCAAUCUUAAGUUCUUAUUGCAAACUACCCCCUCCCCUUCCCAUUUAUUUUGCAAAGCACCGCCAUUGCAGCUUGGAUGUUCCAUGCCAAAGCAAAACCUCAAACUUCGUUCCUAGAGGUGCCACACUGCCACCACAUUGAAGCCUUCUUAGCAUUAUGGAUCACAAACCAUGGCCUUGGAGGAAAAAAUCCUCAGAAAAGAUAACCGUAACGACAGACAAUACCAAUCUCGCUUCGAAAGAAAACCAAGAGGUACAGGCUCUUCUAGCUGAUAAAGAAGAAUUGGAGAAAGACUUGAAAAGACUAAAUGAUAAGCUUACUUCGGCAAUCUCUGACUGUAAUGCUAAAGGUGAGCUGUUGAAAAAGCAAACAAAAAUUGCUCAGGAAGCAACAGCAGGUUAUGAGAAGGCAAAAGCUGAGGUGUUGUCUAUGAAGCAUGAUUUUGAUGAAGCUUUGCAGCAGAGAUUAAUUUAUGAAGAAAGAGUAGUCCAUUUGGAUGGAGCUCUCAAGGAAUGUAUGCAACAGUUACGUUUUGUUCGAGAAGAACAAGGGCGAAGGGUUCAUGAUGCUGUGAUGAAGGCUUCAAAAGAAUUUGAAAAAGAGCGCAUGGUUCUGGAGGAACAGUUAUCUGAGGUAGGUAAAUGGCUAGCAAAAGCGGAGACUGAAAAUUCUCAUCUUAAUAAGUCCAUUCUUGCAAAAGAAAAUCUGAUUGAAGAUCUGAAAAGACAAUUGAAUCAAGCUGACGCAAAUCAUAAUGCACUGAUGAUUAAAUUAGACUCUAUUGAAAAAGAAAAUGCCUCUUUCAAGUAUGAGGUUCGAGUCCUUGAAAAGGAACUCGAGAUCCGAAAUGAAGAGAGAGAGUUUAAUCGCCGGACGGCUGAUGUUUCUCACAGACAGCACUUAGAGAAUGUUAAAAAAAUUGCCAAAUUAGAAUCAGAAUGUCAGAGGCUGCGACUUCUGGUUCGGAAACGAUUACCAGGUCCUGCUGCCCUGGCAAAAAUGAAAAAUGAAGUUGAAGUUUUGGGACGGGAUUCAUUUGAAACGAGAAGGACGAGGUUGAACUCAACCAGCAGUUUGAUGGUUGAAUCUUCUAUUGACAGUUCUCCUGAGACUCCUGGUAGAAGAAUCAGUACAUUGACAGAGCAGCUAUCUGCUGUUGAAGAAGAGAACAAGACUCUGAAAGAAUCCCUAAAUAGGAAAAUGAGUGAGCUACAAUUCUCAAGAGUAAUGCUUUCUCGCACAGCUUCAAAACUUUUGCAACUGGAGUCACAGAUUGGAGAUUCGCCUAGAAGCCACUUAAACUUAGAGAAGCCUCGAAGUAACCUAGCAUUACAUGAGUUCUCUUUGGCAUCAAUGUCUGACAAUGGCAGCGAUGACAAGGCUAGCUGUGCUGAAUCUUGGGCUUCUGCCUUGAUUUCAGAAUUGGAAAACUUCAAAAGCAAUAAGCAGAAGGAGUCACAGUCAUGCAGAAGUGUUGGAGCUUCAGACAUAAAUCUUAUGGAUGACUUCCUUGAAAUGGAAAAAUUAGCAAUAGUCUCUGUUGAAAAAGCCUCUGAAAUGUCUCAUGCUUCCUCAAAAGGAGUUAAUGAAAUUAAUGGUUUUUCAGAUACUGGGAUGGAUGAUUCUACCUUUGAUGCAUCAGGUAAGGAGAUCGUUCGAGUGCCUGGUCGCAUUUCUAAUGUGUCAAUGUCUAAUCAGGAAACCUCUUCCAUUGAUAUUUUGAAAGGUAAUGUUCCUGGAUGGCUUCAUGAGAUAGUAAAAUUGGUCUUGGAGCAGAGUUGUAUCACUCAUAAAACCCCUGAUGAUAUAUUUGAGGAUGUUAGAGUAGCUUUGAGGCAUCUGAAUAAUCCAGAUCUACUUGUCUUUGAUCCAACCAAAGGAUCUGGUCUUAUUGAUCCAUCUGGUGAUGUAAAUGAUGCUGAUAUCUCAUCAAUAAAGAUAGUGAAAGAACAGUUUGAGGCAGAUCUGAGUAAAUCGAUAGGCAAGAUAGUUGAGCUCAUUGAAGGAAUCAGUGUGCCUGCUGUGGAUUAUGAUGGUUUGGAUCCCUUGUGCGGAAGAGAUGGGAAUAAUCUUUCACAUAAGGUUCUAGGAAUGCCAACAGGAUACAUGGUCCGUGUUUUCCAGUGGAAAACUUCAGAACUAGCUAACGUUUUGCAACAUUUUCUCCAUGUAUGUUAUGAUUUACUGAAUGGCAAGGCGGAUCAUGGAAAAUUUGCUGAGGAAUUAACAACAGCUUUGGAUUGGAUUAUGAAUCACUGCUUUUCGAUCCAGGAUGUUUCUAGUAUGAGGGAUGCCAUCAAGAAACAAUUUGAUUGGGACGAGACCCGAAGUGAAAGUGAAGCAGAGGCAAGUCUUUUUACAGGGGCAGAUAAGUUGCCUCAAGUAACUACUGCUGGUGGUGAUGAUCUACAAACUGGAGAGAUGUAUUAUGCCGAGAAAGAAGAAUUAAAAAAUAUUAAAGAUAAAUUGGUCAGUGCUGAAUCUCAAAAGGGAGCCUUGGAAGGGAGACUUAAAUCAGCUACUGACAGGAUUGAAUCAUUAAUAAGUCAACUCCAAGAAUCUGAGAAAACUAUUACCAGCUUGACAUCAGAUUUACAAAGCUUAAAAGAAUCAAAUGCAGUACUUGAGGGUCAAAUAAAAAAGCUCAAAUUGGCAAAUUCAGAUCUCGAUGUACAGCAUAAAGAAGCUGAAUUGAAAGAGGCUUAUCACAAGGUUUUCACAUUAGAAGUGGAACUGGAGAACAAAACUCACAGUUGUGAAGACUUAGAGACCAGAUGUCUUGAAUUGCAGCUCCAUCUUGAAAGCAUGUCAAAGAACUGCUCAAACAAUGCUAUUGACCAUAAAGAUAAGCCACUGCGAACUGAUUGGGAGAUAACAGCUGCUUCAGAGAAGCUGGCCGAGUGUCAAGAAACCAUUCUUAACCUUGGAAAGCAGUUGAAGGCGAUAGCUGCACCAAAGGAUGCAGCUCUUUUUGACAAUGCCAUUGCUAAUGCAGUUACCAACACGGCACCAGCCAAUACCUCGCAUGUGGGUCCAAGUCCUGCCCACGAGAAAGAUAUGAGAAUGAAAAAUCGAUCCCUGCUCGAUCAAAUGCUGGCCGAAGAUGAUAGUAAGGCCAAGGUUUCGAAAGAAAGUGAUGGCAAAACAACUCACUCCAACAUUCCUGGCAAUAUAGAGACCCUGGAAAAGAUUUUAGUUUUGAAUGGAACUAAAGACAAUGACGAUGAGGAUGCUGUUAAUUCUUUGGCCAUUGUUCCUGCAAAGAAACAGGGCAGUGGAAGUUUGUGGAAGAAAUUAUGGAGAAAAAAGAAAAGUGCCAACAAGAAAGCACCACUUCCAUCAUCUAACAUAUGAAAUGCUCAUACAUAAUAAACUCUAGUGUUUUUCAGUGCGGUAUAAUUUUAGUGAAAAAGAAAAUUGUUGUGGUUCUUUUAUUUUAUUUUAUUUUACUUUUUAAAAAAAUUAAGUGAGGAGAGUUGGUGGUUGUAUUGUGUUUUCCUCUUGUAUAUAUACGCCAAAAAGUGGAAACUAACAAGUGAAAGUUUGUUAUGAAAGCUAUCAACUAAUAUUGUUGUGAUACAUA